UCCGUUUAUAGCAGGACACUUUGUGCUUGGGCAGUGUAACCGAGAUCACUUUUACAAGCUUACAAGUUUUGGCAAGUUCAAUUUUGUGAUCCAAGCAUCCAGACUUACAACAAACAGGACACAAACCAUGUUUGUGUUGACCGUUGCAAAGUUUUUUCGCUGACAUCCCUGUCCGGAUAGACGCUUGUCUAAACUGUCGCACAAAUGGAAAUGGUGCCUAGCGAGGAGAACCAGUUCGUACCCAAAGAGAUACAAAAUGCGGCUGAGGAGCCCAGAGUGCUGUGCAUAAUCCAGGACACCACCAGUGCAAAGACUGUCAAUGAGAGGCUGACCCUAAACCUACCUGCUUCCACCACCCUCUCCAGACUUUAUGAAGAUGUUGCCCACAAAGCAGGAUAUGUAAAUGGCACCUUUGACCUUGCCUGGGGAAAUAUUCCAGACAUGGCACCACUGGACCAUAACAGUGAGAUGUCCCUCUCAGAUUCGGGGUUUGAGCCUGGUGGUAAGAGGAAUUUCCUCCAGCUUACAGACAAAGAUGGAGAGCAGCCCCAGAUGGCAUCGGAUGAGUCAGGAACAGCAGAUAGCAGUGGACUGGAUGACAGUUCCCAGGAGCGGUUUAUUGGGCCCCUACCGAGAGAAGGCACUGCAGGCUGCAGUGGCGACUACAGUAGUCCAUCUUACUCCUACUCGUCCAUCCUCAACAAAUCUGAGACAGGUUAUGUGGGCUUGGUGAACCAGGCUAUGACCUGUUAUUUGAACAGUCUUCUACAAACUCUGUUCAUGACCCCGGAGUUCAGAAAUGCACUCUACAACUGGGAGUUUGAGGAGUCAGAGGAAGAUCCAGUCACCAGUAUCCCCUACCAGCUGCAAAGGCUGUUUGUCCUGCUGCAGACUAGUAAGAAACGGGCAAUUGAGACCACUGAUGUGACACGGAGCUUUGGCUGGGACAGCAGUGAGGCCUGGCAGCAGCAUGACAUCCAGGAGCUGUGCAGGGUCAUGUUUGAUGCCCUGGAGCAAAAGUGGAAGCAGACAGAGCAGGCUGACCUGAUCAACCAGCUGUACCAGGGGAAGCUGAAGGAUUAUGUCCGUUGUCUGGAGUGUGGCUAUGAGAGUUGGAGGAUUGAUACUUACCUGGACAUCCCUCUUGUGAUCAGACCCUUCGGAGCCAGCCAAGCCUAUGGCAGUGUGGAGGAGGCUUUGCAGGCGUUCAUCCAACCAGAAACUCUGGAUGGGCCCAACCAGUACUUCUGUGAGCGCUGCAAAAAGAAAUGUGACGCCCGGAAGGGUCUGAGAUUUCUGCACUUUCCCUACCUGCUGACACUACAGCUGAAGCGGUUUGAUUUUGACUACACCACUAUGCAUCGCAUCAAACUAAAUGACCGCAUGACUUUCCCUGAGGAGCUUGACAUGAGUCCAUUCAUUGAUGUGGAAGAUGAGAAGUCGCCUCAGACAGAGAGCUGCACUGACAGUGGAGCGGAGAAUGAAGGCAGUUGCCACAGCGACCAGAUGAGCAAUGAUUUUUCCACUGAUGAUUGUGUGGAUGAGGGCAUCUGCUUGGACAGCACCGGCAGCACAGAGAGGGUGUUGAAGCCAAAGAGUUUGCUGACCUUUGAGCUGUUCUCUGUCAUGGUCCAUUCUGGGAGCGCUGCGGGUGGCCACUACUACGCCUGCAUCAAAUCCUUCAGUGAUGGCCAGUGGUACAGUUUCAACGAUCAGCACGUGAGCAAGAUCACCCAGGAUGAUAUCAGGAAGACAUAUGGGGGGUCCUCAGGGAGCAGAGGCUAUUAUUCCAGUGCCUUUGCAAGCUCUACAAAUGCAUAUAUGCUGAUUUAUAGAUUGAAAGAUCCCUCAAGGAAUGCAAAGUAUUUAGCUGUGGACGACUUCCCGGAGCACAUAAAGAGUUUGGUUCAGAAGGAGAAAGAGUCUGAAGAACAGGAAAAAAGACAAAGGGAGAUUGAACGGAAUACCUGCAAGAUCAAGCUUUUCUGCAUGCAUCCCGUAAAGAUGAUGAUGGAGAGCAAGCUGGAAGUGCACAAGGACAAAACUCUCAGAGAAGCAACAGAGAUGGCCUACAAGCUGAUGGAGCUGGAGGGUGUCGUCCCUUUGGACUGUUGUCGCUUGGUCAAGUAUGACGAGUUCCACGAGUACCUGGAGCGCUCCUAUGAAGGUGAGGAGGACACACUGAUGGGUCUCCUGCUGGGAGGAGUCAAGUCCUCGUACAUGUUCGACUUGCUGCUAGAGACCCGCCGGCCAGAGCAAGUGUUCCAGCCUUACAAACCUGGAGAGGUGAUGGUGAAGGUUCAUGUUGUGGAUCUGAAGAGUGAGACCAUCGCCUCUCCAAUCAGUGUUCGGGCGUACCUGAACCAGACGAUCACUGAAUUCAAACAGCUUAUUGCACAGGCUACAGGGUUAUCUGCAGAAACCAUGCGUGUGGUCCUGGAGCGCUGCUACAAUGACCUUCGGCUCCUCUAUGUUCCAAACAAGACACUGAAAGCUGAGGGAUUCUUCAGGAGUAACAAGGUGUUUGUAGAGAGCUCUGAGUCGACUGAUCAUCAGGUUGCUUUCACAGACUCAGUCUUGUGGAAACUGUUGGACCGUCACGGGAAUACGAUCCGACUCUUGGUCUUACUGCCUGAACAGUCUCCUGGUACCUUGGCCAACAGAACUCUUUGCCAAAAAGUGGGAGGUGACUCUGAUGUGCCCUUUGAUGGAGCAAAGGGUAACAGGAAAUCCGUAGAAGCUAUACUCGAGGAGAGCACAGAAAAGUUAAAGAAUCUGUCUCUGCAGCAGCAACAGCAGGGCUCCAGCACCAGCACCAGCGACAGCCAGAAAAGUUCUGAUGCCAGCGACUUUGAACAUAUCGAGUCCCCAACCCAAGAGGCUGACUCAAACUCUUCACUCUGCAUGGCCGCAGACAACAGAGAGUUAGAGAACCGGAUCAGGGCCACAGCUGGGACCAGCGGUGGGGCCUCCUCUGACCCGGAGAACCACUUUGCCUGUGAGGAGCGCUCAGACUCUGAGGUGAACAAUGACCGCAGCACCAGCUCAGUGGACAGCGACAUCCUCAGCUCCAGCCACAGUAGUGACACACUGUGUAACGCAGACAGCGGUCCCAUACAGCUGGCCAACGGCCUGGACUCGCACAGCAUCACAAGUAGCCGACGCUCCAAAGCCCAUGAGGGCAAAAAAGAGACCUGGGACACUGCUGAAGAGGACUCUGGAACAGACAGCGAGUACGACGACAAUGGGAAGAGCAAGGCGGAGGCUCAGUACCUGUACUUCAGAGCAGAACCUUGUUCUCAGGAUGACUCCUCUUGGGAUGCACAAAAAUGUUUAGUAGUUCAUGUGGACAAGAGAAUAACAUUAGCAGCAUUUAAACAGAACCUGGAGCCCUAUGUAGGAGUGACCUCGACCCAGUUCAAGGUGUUUCGGGUGUACGCCAACAACCAGGAGUUUGAGAGUGUACGGCUCAAUGAAACACUUUCAUCGUUCUCUGACGACAACAAGAUAACCAUUCGACUAGGAAGAGCACUGAAGAAGGGUGAAUACAGAGUUAAAGUGUAUCAACUACUAGUGAAUGAACCAGAGCCCUGCAAAUUCCUAGUGGACACGGUGUUUGCCAAGGGCAUGACUGUCAGACAGUCAAAAGAGGAGCUGCUUCCUCAGUUGAAAGAGCAGUGCAAGCUUGACCUCAGCAUUGACAGGGUUCGUCUCAGGAAAAAGACAUGGAAGAACCCAGGCACAGUGUUUCUGGAUUACCAUGUCUAUGAGGAAGACAUCAGCAUCUCCUCCAACUGGGAAGUCUUCCUGGAAGUCCUAAAUGAACCAGAGAAGAUGAAGUCCAUGUCGCAGCUGGCUAUUCUGACACGGAGAUGGAGCCCGGCUACAAUGAAACUAGGGCCUUUUCAGGAAGUGAUUCUUGAGAGCAGCAGUGUAGAAGAACUCAAGGAGAAGCUUAGUGAAAUGAGUGGUAUUCCUCUUGAAAACCUGGAGUUUGCAAAGGGUAGGGGAACGUUUCCUUGUGAUAUUUCUGUGUUGGAGAUCCAUCAGGACUUGGACUGGAACCCUAAGGUGUCAACUCUUAAUGUGUGGCCUCUGUACAUCUGUGAUGAUGGAGCUGUGGUAUUCUACAGGGAUAGUACAGAGGAGCCUAUGGAGCUCUCGGACGAUGAGCGCAAUGAGCUGAUGAAAAAGGAGAGCAGCCGUCUGCUCAAGACUGGACACCGUGUCAGCUACUCACCACGCAAGGAGAAAGCCCUCAAGAUCUACCUGGACGGAGGCCCUGCCAAGGACCCGGGGCAGGACUGAGGCACAGAGAACCACUCCUGGUUAUUUGGAUCAUCUGGCUGCUGUAGCAUAGCAGCUAGGCUUCAGGUCUCAGUCUCAGUGUUGGGCCUGAUAGUGACUUGAACAUCAAGCAGCGCUGUGAGACGUGCUCUCACCCUCCACUCUGAGCCCCAGGACUGGCUCAGAAACCCUAUUGUGCACUAUAGUGUAUUGUACUGUAAAGUUUAAAGGGAAGUACAAAAGCUAUUCAAUACAGAAAAGAAUCAAAUACUGUGUAGAAAAAUCAAUUGAACGUAAAAGCUCCAGAGAUGGAUGCAGAGAUGUUAGGACCGUGAAACUGGGCUGGAAGGCAUCCAUCCCGUCUAUUUAAGUCUCCCGUCUUAUCUACAUCAGUCUCUUUCACUCUCCUGCCUGUCACUGCGUGUUUCUCUUCCUGUUUUGGACAUAGUGUCGAUUCUGAUUCAAGUGUGACCAUCUUGUAAGUCCAUAUGCUCACACCUUUUUCAGCACUGCUCUAUUAGAGAAAUCAUUCUUAUCUUACAUUGCUCACCUUCCUUUAACAGUACAUACAACCAAGAACUACUUAUCCAGCCUUCCCCAGUCUCACCUCUUCUGGCGAGAUAAACCUCACUCUCUCAGUGACUUUGACAAACUGAGGCGUCGUUCAUUCACAAGAUUUGAUGACUCAAAAAAAAAAA